GUGAGUGUAGUGCCACCAGAAGAGCCUAUUUACCCUGCUGAUGAGAUGUAUGGUAUUGUAGGAACUGACUUAAUGAAGCAAUAUGAUGUCAGACAAGUUAUAGCAAGGAUAGUUGAUGGCAGUAUGGGAGCCACUCAAUCCCAGGGUCAGGGAGGAGCCACUCGGGGUCAUGGAGGAGCCACUCAAUAUCAGGGUCAUGGAGGAGCCACUCAAUAUCAGGGUCAUGGAGGAGCCACUCAAUCUCAGGGUCAGGGAGGAGCCACUCAAUCUCGGGGUCAGGGAGGAGCCACUCAAUCUCAGGGUCAAGGAGGAGCCACCCAAUCUCAGGGUCAGGGAGGAGCCACUCAAUCUCAGGGUCAGGGAGGAGCCACCCAAUCUCAGGGUCAUGGAGUAGCCACCCAAUCUCAGGGUCAGGGAGGAGCCACUCAAUCUCAGGGUCAGGGAGGAGCCACUCAAUCUCAGGGUCAUGGAGGAGCCACUCAAUCUCAGGGUCAGGGAGGAGCCACUCAAUCUCAGGGUCAUGGAGUAGCCACUCAAUCUCAGGGUCAGGGAGGAGCCACUCAAUCUCAGGGUCAGGGAGGAGCCACCCAAUCUCAGGGUCAUGGAGUAGCCACCCAAUCUCAGGGUCAGGGAGGAGCCACCCAAUAUCAGGGUGAGGGAGGAGUCACUCAAUCUCAAGGUCAUGGAGUAGCCACUCAAUCUCAGGGUCAUGGAGUAGCCACUCAAUCUCAGGGUCAGGGAGGAGCCACUCAAUCUCAGGGUCAUGGAGAAGCCACCCAAUCUCAGGGUCAUGGAGUAGCCACCCAAUCUCAGGGUCAGGGAGGAGCCACUCAAUCGCAGGGUCAGGGAGGAGCCACUCAAUCUCAAGGUCAUGGAGGAGCCACUCAAUCUCAAGGUCAGGGAGGAGCCACCCAAUCUCAGGUCAAGGGAGGAGCCACCCAAUCUCAGAUUCAGGGAGGAGCCACUCACUCUCAGGGUCAUGGAGGAGCCACUCAAUCUCAGGGUCAUUGUGAAGUCACCCAAUCUCAAGGUCAGGGAGGAACCACUCAAUCUCAGGGUCAUGGAGGAGCCACCCAAUCUCAGGGUCAUGGAGGAGCCACCCAAUCUCAGGCUAAGGGAGAAGCCACCCAAUGUCAAGGUCAGGGAGGACCCACUCAAUCUCAGGGUCAUGGAGGAGCCAUCCAAUCUCAAGUUAAGGGAGAAGCCAAGGAAUGA